UUUCUGUUUUGAUUAUUUCGUUUUGAUUAUUUUUUUAAUUAAAAUGCACUUAAAAUGCUGUACUUUCUAGUCCUAGUGGUGGAGCUUGUGGACAAUUGCAUCCUUGGCCCCCUGGAAUAUGUAAUAAAUGGCGUGGUCACCGGCAUUUACUACUUUCUGUGGGGCAGCAACUUUGUUGGCUACUGUUUGGUGGAGGGCACCAGCCGGGCAUGGAAUCUCUUAAAAUGUGGCGCCAUCGAAGUCCAUCGACACUUCUGUGACUUUUUCAACAUAACGCAGGAUGUUACGGAGUACUUUUACGACGGAACCGUCGGAGGUCUGCGUAUCGCUCGGGAUUGCAUGCAAUACGUGGGAAUGGGAAUUUUCGACCUGCUCAUCGACCUGGGAACUCUCGCCUUGUGGAUUCUUUUCCUUCCUCCGAAGAUGGUCCUUCUCCUCUUCGAAUAUGUGCUGGAUUUCGUGGUGGAUGUAAUAUUAGCACGUGGCCUCAGCCUGGUCAACAACAUUUUCCGUUUAAGCAUUGGAUUGUCGUUGCUCUUGGUUCUCUAUAUGUUCCGGCGAUAUGUUUUUUUGCUGCUGAUCUACCUUCUUGUACAAGCACGUAUCGAAAUCUCAAAAAAAUCGCAGAGUAUCUGCUUGUGGACCGAGCAGCGGAUGACUAGUUUCAUGCAGAAGAUAUGGAAUGAUCCGGCAGCCAGGUCACCGAACCGUGGAGGAUGUGUGGUUUGCUUGGAGCGAAGCAGGAACAUUGUGGUGAUGCCCUGUCGCCACCUCUGCCUGUGCAAGGAGUGCUCCCAACAGCUUCAAAUGCACUCGCAGUACCGUUGUCCUGUUUGUCGGAAUAAUAUCGUCUCAUAUCUACCCGUUUACGUUUAAGCUUUAAAGUUUUAGUCUAGCUUUUGUAAAUAAGACUGCCAAUCAGAGUGUAAAUUUUAAAUAUAUUUUUUAAAAAUUGUUAGAAUAAGAACUCCUAUAGUUUAUAAAAGACAUCUGGACCAAU